AUGACGUCAUACGGAAUCGUACGUUGCGUGAUAUUGCUGAUUGUUUCCUCGUUGGUUGUCGAAGUUGAAUCAGAAGUCAACAUCACUUUGGUGUUCCUGGUACCCGUAAGCGGAAGUAGGUCGUAUGGAACCCAACUUGACUCCGUUGCUGAAAUGGCAGUUUCAGACCUGAAUUCUGAUGCCAAUCUUACAGGAUUAAGAGCCAAUGAUAUCAUCUUUGACGUUAUCGUAGAAAACACUGAAUGUGACACCGGACGCGGACUAUACGCUGUUGUAAAUACAAUUCUUACUUCUCAGAACACAAUAGGAGCGUUCAUUGGUCCUGCGUGCGACAGUGUCUGUACCACCGCAGCGUUUAUUGGAGGACAUUGGAACGUACCUUUUGUUAGUUUUGCAUGUGCACACGAGGCACUGAUGGAUGUUAGUCGCUACCCGACAUUUGCACGAAGCACUGUCAGUUAUCACAAUAUUGUGUAUUCGGUGAAGGACAUAUUAUCACACUACGGCUGGGAUCGUGUCCUAUUGGUGGAAGGUCAUGAGGAUAUUUGGCGCGAUGUCGCUGAAUACUUUGUGAUUUCGUUGGAAAACGAUAACGUACAAUCCCAGAUAUGGACUCUCGAGAGUGAUCAGCACAUUAUAGAAGAACAUAUGGCCGUUCAGAUGUCCUUGUUUCGAGUGAUGGUGAUAUGUGCUUACGGUAUAGACAUCAUCCACCUGCUUUGUGCUGCUGAAGUUGUAGGACUUCUCACAGGCGAAUACGUGUUCAUUACUGUGGACUACUCACGGGCUAUACAAAUCAUCGAUCCCGAAUGUGAUAUCGGCAGGGUCCAUGAAGGUCUUCUUGAUAUUACACCCAACGUGUUCCCAAGCAACGACAAAGACUUCCUUAGCAAACUGGAAAAUUUAAACGUUACGACCACCAUCCACGCCGGCUUAUUGUAUGACGCGUUUCGGCUAUAUGGAGAAGCACUGAAUAUUGCAUACUUAUCUGGUAUGAAUGUGAGCAGUGUAGGCAACAUUUCCGAGAGCAUGCACAACCUUACAUUUCAAGGUGCCGAUGGCAAUGUCUAUAUUACGGAAAAUGGUACACGGGACUCGGGCUUUGUCAUCAGUAAUAUCCAACAAGGUGUCUAUGUACCAAUUGCUAUCAACCCAGGCAUCAAGAUGACUGGGACGACAGUAUUUAACAAUGUAACGGUCAUAUGGGCAAACGGGAGGACCGUCGUGCCAGCAGGACGGCCAGCGUGUGGAUGGAAUGACGAGUACUGUCCACCUGUCGAAAAUAGUCAAGUUCUGACUGCCGUUUCUGCUGCUUCAGCAAUUCUCUUCUGCCUUAUCGUACUCGUCAUAAUACUCCUUUUAUAUUAUAGAAGGAAAAUGCAGUUACAAGCACAACUACAUAGUCUGUCCUGGAAAGUGACAUUAGCAGACCUCCAAUUCACUGUACAUCGAAGUAAACUUGGCAGUCGAUCGACAACAAAGUCCGCAUUUUUGGAUUCUUCCCGACGAAGUAGCGGUGCAUCUCUGACGUCAGGCAUGCAACAGCAACAGAUCUUUAUGACUGUUGCGAAGUUCCAUGACAUCACGGUCGCCGUCAAAUAUAUCAACAAACCUUACAUUACUGUUACCGACAACGUCAUGAAGGAAAUAAACCAGAUGAGGAAUUUAAAGAACGCCAAUGUAAAUCCACUUAUUGGCGCAAGUGUUGAACCAGAGAAGAUUUUCCUAGUUUCCGAAUACUGCAGUAAAGGCAGCCUCCUGGACGUCUUACUGAACGAUAACAUUAACCUGGACCGUAUUUUUAAAAUAUCUUUUGCUUCGGACAUCGCUAAGGGUAUGAUUUACAUCCAUCAAUCAGUGAUCCAAUGUCACGGCCGCCUUAAUUCCUCCAAUGUAUUGGUUGACAGCCAUUGGGUGUGUAAAGUGAGCGAUAUGGCUAUGCCAGCCUUUCGGGAGGGUGAACGAGAUGACGACCAUGGCAAGCACGCGCGAUACACAAAACUACUUUGGACUGCCCCCGAGAUACUCCGUAAGCCGGAUGCUUUUCCAAGAGGUUCUCAAAAAGGAGACGUUUAUUCAUACGGAAUAAUUCUACAAGAAAUUCUCACAAAAUCUGAACCUUACAGCUGUUCACUAGAUGAACCAAAUCAAAUAGUGGCGAGAGUAAAGCAGCUUGAACAUCCACCGUUCCGCCCCAAGGUUCCCCAGGAUAGUGCUGAAGAGUCUGUGUUGGACCUGAUGAAGAUCUGUUGGGAGGAGAUACCAAUGUUCCGACCAAGCUUUGUCACUAUUGCCUCUACGCUCAAGAAAUGCAACAAGGGACAGAAUACAAACCUAGUGGACCAGAUGAUUCACAUGAUGGAGAAGUACGCCGAUCACCUCGAGGAGGUAGUAGAGGAGCGUACCCUACAACUGGAAGAGGAGCAGAGAAAGACAGAGGAACUACUUUGUAGGAUGUUGCCCAGGACAAUAUCUAACUCCUUAAAGAUGGGUAAGACGGUGGAACCAGAAACUUACGAAGAAGUUACAGUGUUCUUCAGCGAUAUUGUUGGCUUCACGGCCCUCUCCUCAGACAGCACUCCAGUGGAGAUUGUAAAUUUCCUGAACGACCUGUAUAUAUGUUUUGAUAAAAUCAUCGAGCAUUAUGACGUCUACAAGGUGGAGACGAUAGGCGAUGCCUAUAUGGUUGUUUCUGGAUUGCCUACAAGAAACGGAGAGCAACACGCAGGGGAAAUCGCAAGUUUGGCCCUUGAUCUACUUAACGCCGUCACCACCUUCACAAUACGACACCGUCCAGAAAAACAACUUCAACUCCGCAUCGGAAUUCACUCAGGUCCUGUGGCGGCAGGAGUGGUGGGACUAAAAAUGCCAAGAUACUGUUUGUUUGGUGACACGGUAAACUAUGCCUCCAGGAUGGAAUCCACCGGAAUAGCUUUGAAGAUCCAUGUAAGCCCAGAAACGAAUCAAAUCCUGGAGCACCUUGGGGGAUUCCAUCUACAGCUAAGAGGGCCCGUUGCAAUGAAGGGGAAAGGAGUAGUAGAGACAUUUUUCUUAGAAGGAAAAGAUGGUUUCAAAAAACCCCUUCCUUCUGUGGCCGUGCCAGACCCAUGUGUUAACUGA